UUUUCUUCUCCUUUAUAUUCAGUGGAAAACAAUUAGCAAACACUCACACACACACAUAAGAGAUAAAGAGUGAGAGAGAAGAUAAGAUGGGUGUGAACCAAGAUUUCAACAAGGAUGAUCAUGAAUAUGUGGAUGAUGAUGAUGUUCCACUUCCGGGGUUCCGAUUCCACCCCACAGAUGAAGAACUUGUUAGUUUCUAUCUUCGAAGGAAGCUUGACAAGAAACCCAUCAGUAUUGAGCUCAUCAAACAGAUUGAUAUUUACAAAUACGAUCCUUGGGAUCUUCCAAAAACAAGUGCCACUGGAGGAGAGAAAGAGGGGUACUUCUUUUGCAGAAGAGGGAGGAAGUAUAGGAAUAGCAUAAGGCCUAACAGAGUCACUGGCUCUGGGUUCUGGAAAGCCACUGGCAUAGACAAGCCUGUGUACUCACAUGGAGGAGAAGGCAAUGACUGCAUUGGACUCAAGAAAACACUUGUGUACUACCGUGGCAGUGCAGGCAAAGGCACCAAAACUGAUUGGAUGAUGCACGAGUUUCGCCUUCCUUCUAACACAGACACCAACACAAACCUUCCCAACUCCAAGACUUAUGUAGAUAUCCCCCAAGAAGCUGAAAUUUGGACACUGUGUAGAAUUUUCAAGAGAAAUGUGUCACAGAGGAAGCACAUGCCAGAGUUGAAACACUCAUCUGCUAAGCGCCAUUCCAUUCAUGACAAGAGCUCGAGGAUGAACAAUGUGGAGUUUCUCACUAACCAAGAAGAAGCAUAUAUCAACUUUGGUGACCACUAUCACAAUGAGAAGAAACCAAUCAUUAGUUACACCAACAGUGAUCAAAGGAAUAAUAAUCAGUUUCAUGUGAGUCAGUUUUAUUCUCCAGUGCCACAGCAACCUCAACUACUAACUGCACCAUCUUCAAACUUUUGGAUUAAUCCUGUUGGGAACGACUUCUUCACGUUUGAUAAUUGGGAUGAGCUUGGAUCUGUAGUGAAAUUUGCUGUUGAUUCGCCUAGCAUGUAGAUAAAAAUGUGGUUAAGGUUGAGUUGGUCGUAGUUAGAUUAGAAUAUGAAAUAUAUAUAUAUAUAUAUAUAUAUGUCAUAAUUAAGAAUGCGUACGUUUGUAUGUAUUAGAGAUUGGUUGAUGAUGUUCAUUUAACUUUUAGUGGCAGACUUGUUGACAUGAUAUAUGUAUGAAUAUGUUGCU